AGAGAAAUGGGGCAUCACUCAUGCUGCAACAAGCAGAAGGUGAAGCGAGGCCUGUGGUCUCCUGAGGAAGACGAGAAGCUCAUCAACUACAUCACCACUAAUGGCCAUGGAUGCUGGAGCUCUGUUCCCAAGCAUGCAGGUCUCCAAAGAUGCGGGAAGAGCUGCAGAUUGAGAUGGAUUAAUUAUCUCAGACCCGAUCUUAAACGUGGAAGCUUCUCUCCCCAAGAGGCUGCCCUUAUAAUUGAACUCCAUAGCAUUCUUGGUAACAGAUGGGCUCAGAUUGCCAAACACCUGCCGGGGAGAACAGACAAUGAAGUGAAGAACUUCUGGAACUCGAGCAUUAAGAAGAAGCACCAUCAUACCUCUUCCAUGGCGAGCUUCUUCACCAACCUUCCUCUUCCUCAUCAUCAUCAUAAUGUGUUCAUUAACAAUGUCGAUAACCAGCAUGACUGCAUUGGAGAAGAAGCUUCUAGGUUUUUCUCCCUCCUCACAAACACAAACCCUAGUUUCAUCACUCCGAACCAUACUACUGAUCAUCAUCUCUAUUUUCCUUCUCCUGAUGAUAUCACCCAAAUCACAUUCCAAAGCUUUGGCCGUGGAGAUUCAAAGUGUAACAACACAAACCAAGCCCAGAGCCUUUACAAUCCUGGUAAUCUGGUUAUCGCACCAACAAAUCAUCAAACUUUACUCCAUUCUGCAGCUCCUCAAACAACCCUUCCCGAUUCAGAUUCGCCUUCCGCCUUCGAUCCUGGUCAGCCCGAAUGGCCAUUGCCGGAUUUUCCAGCCUCCAUUUCUACCACUUUCCGGGAAACCCGAGUUCCCGAAACCUUUCAAGAUUAUGUCGGUCACGACGACAAGCUCAUUUUCGACCCGGUCGUCUCCAUAAUAACACCAUACCCACAUGACACACAAGUGCCUGGAGAUCAUGAUCAUCAUCACCAUCUUCGUCAAGUGGAUCCAUACAUUGACUCUAUGAUCAUGCCGUCAUUGCCAUCCUCGUCAUCCUCCUCCUCCUCGCCGAUCUCGGGCGGACAGCACGUGGCUACUGCUGCUGCUGUUACGACUACUACUACUGCAAUGUCUACAUGGGAUCCCUAGACAUGGAUUAAAAAGAAAAAUAAUAUAUAGAAUUGUAAUAUAUAUGUAUAUGUGUGUG